AUGUCCAGCAACAGCGGCGGUGGUACAAAGGAGAAGGGUCCCCGAAUUGCUACUCCGCUUGUGCCACCUCCCUUAGUCCAGAAUUCUAUGCCUACUGCUUCAGAUGGCCCCACCACUGAUCUGAGAUUAGCACAACAGUCCUGGCCUGGACAUGUAGUCCUGCGUCCAUGCACAUCUUGGCCUCCUCAUGUGAAUCCUGCGUAUCCACAACAAAAUGGGGAAGCAGUGGCGGAUGUGGUGGCAGCCGAUGUUCUUCCUGUGAUUAAUAGCUGCAAUGAGAAGAUGUUGCCGGAAGUAAAUAUGCUAUUUGAUGACGAGAAUGAUGCUUAUGAGUUCUACAAUAUUUAUGCGGAGAAGGUGGGCUUCUUUGUUCGGAGAUCAACACUCUGGACAACAUCGAAAAACAUCAUCACUAGGAGGACAUUUGUUUGCUCAAGAGAAGGUUUUCGGGAGAAGAAGAAGGGUGCCAAGGAAUCAAAGUGCCCACGGCCUGAAACAAGAAUUGGUUGCCCAGCAAGCAUGACCAUUAGGCUUACUCCCAAUGGCAAGUACCGUUUGACAGAAUUUGUACCAAACCAUAACCAUCAGUUGGCAACAGCUUCUACGAUUCAUAUGUUGAAAGCAAAGAAAAUUAGGCGUAAAGCACGGGCUGUGAGAGAAAAUCUGGUGGAUGAUACUGUGGUAACGCCAGAGUUUGAAAAUGAAGAUGAGGCAUAUGAAUUUUACAGCAUGUAUGCAGGGAAAAUUGGAUUUAACGUGAGAAGGGCAAGCAUGACAGUAAAUGCUGAAAAUGUUAUCACUAGAAGGAUGUUUGUUUGUUCAAAAGAAGGGUUCCGUGAGAAGAAAAGAGGAGCAAAUAGAGUAAAGAAGCCUCGUCCGGAGACACGAACUGGUUGCCCAGCGUGUAUGGUCAUCAGACUUGCAUCUAACGGCAAGUAUAAUGUCACUGAGUUUGUCACCUUCCACAAUCACGGUCUUGGCGCUGCAGCAGCUUCUGAUCUUGUGAUGACAUCACUAGCGGCUGGAAGUUAUCAAGAUUGUGGAGUAGAUUUGUAUGAUGAAUCACUAGACGAUUGUUACGGCAAGCAAAAUCUUAUCAAGGAUGAUGCCACUUCAAACAGUCUAGAAGGUAGAAGUUGGAAAAGGUACAAGUGUAAAGUUCCUCACUAUGGUGAUGUAGGUGCCACUCUGGAGUACCUACAAAAGAUGCAACAUGACAACCCUUCAUUCUUCUAUGCAGUAAAAUCUGAUGAAGAUGGGUACUUGACUAAUUUUCUUUGGGCAGAUUCCAAGUCCAUCAUGGAUUUUACCCACUUUGGUGAUGUAGUAUGCCUUGAUUCAGGAUAUGCAGUGCAAGGCUAUGGUAGGCCGAUUGCUUUGUUUACAGGUCUGAAUCAUCAUAGGCAAACUGUCAUCUUUGGUACUGCAUUACUUUAUGAUGAGAGCUUUGAAGCUUUCAGAUGGCUAUUUGAUACUUUUAAGAUGGCAAUGAAUAGUACCCAUCCCAAGACAUUGUUAACUGAUAGAUCGGCUGUGAUAAGUGAAGCUGUUGCAGUAAGUUGGCCUGAGACGGCACAUCGUUUUUGUGUUUGGCAAAUUUACCAAAAUGCUCUUCAACAGUUAAGUCAAGCAUUCCAUGGGUCAAGAACUUUAGAAUACAACUUCAAGAGAUGCCUAUUUGAUUGUGAAGAUGAGGCUGAGUUUUUGAUGGCAUGGAGAGAAAUGUUGGAAAAUCAUGACCUAAAAGAUAAUCAAUGGCUAGCAGAUCUUCUUGCUGUUAAGGAGAAAUGGGCAUUACCAUAUGGUCGUGAGGCAUUUUACGCUGAUAUGAAAAGCGUCCAACAGAAGGACAACUUGAGUAGUGAGCUUAAAAUAUAUUUAUCCCUAGAAUUCGACCUUUUGAGUUUCUUUGUGCAGUUUGAAAAAUUAUUAUGUGAUCGUCGGUCUGCAGAACUGCAACUUGAUGUGAGUGCCAAUCAAAGCACAAAGAAGCCACCUCCGAUGCGAAUAUUAAGGCAAGCUGCAAAUGUGUAUACACCUGCUGCCUAUAGAAUGUUUGAAAGAGAGUUUGAAUUGUACAUGGAUUGCAUGCUAUAUAACUGUGGCGAGAUGGGCACAAUCUGUGAGUAUAGGAUAACUGGCGAGGACAAUCCAAAAGAUCAUUUUGUUAAGUAUGAUUCGCUCAAUUCCAUGUCACAUUGUAGUUGCAAGAGGUUUGAGUUUGUAGGCAUUCCAUGUCGCCAUAUGCUGAAGGUACUUGACACUAGGAAUAUCAAGGACAUUCCUCCUCAGUACAUCUUGAAAAGGUGGAGGAAAGAUGCCAGAUCAGGAUCUUCAAAUGGUGGUUACGCGUACUCUUUUGAUGGUGAUCCUCAGACAAAGCGUCACACUUUAUUGUGUCGAAUAUUCAGUAUAGCAGCGGCUAGAGCUGCAACCUCUGCCGAAUCAUUUGCGUACAUGGAAAGCCAAUCGAGCAUACUUAUGGGUCAAGUCGAACAAUUUCUUGAAAACAGCCCCCCUGACAUAGCUGCUAUUACUGGUGCUAAUUGUGACCGUACUCAAAUUCCAGUUGAAAGUAUGAUCACAGACGGUCUGCACAAUCAUGCUAACUUUAUCGAUGGCUCUGCUGAUGGUACUUGUUCAAUCAAGAUGAUUCCCCCCCUUUUUGUUUGUCGCAACAUGUAUUUAACAGUGCUAAUUGUAAUGCAGAUUCUCUAA